CGUCACCUCUCAUAGCAUAUAGUGUACAGAUGAACAGAUGAACGUAUCCUAGCUUGGAUCCACCACCGCCUGUCGCCUCCUUCUCGUCUCGAUCUUUGGCUGCAAUGUCGGCAACGACACCUCCCCCCUUACCCACCAUCAUCUGGGACGACGACCUCGAGCCCCACAAUCCUGUCGACUUUGCUGAUUGGCCCACCAAGUUCAAGACGUACGGAGACGACGAUUCGAUGCGAUACGAUCCCGGUCAAAAGCGAGCCGCCAGGUUUCCCUCGUCGGCCUGGCAGGCAAAGCCUGAGGAAGACGUCGUAGUGUCCGCGUUCAUCAAGAUCAUCGAACACCGUUGCCCGGAAGACCAUGCGAUCUCCCUCGGCGACUCGUUUACUUUUCACGGGCUGGAAAACCUAGUUGUUACCGACAAUAUGGGCUCUGGACCGAAAGAGACGUACGCAUCGGCGUGCAAGAGAUACAUCAAGGGUAAGGAAGUCGCCGCAGCGGCGCUCCAUAUGGAUCAGCCUUCCUCCUUUCACUCGUCCCAGGUCUCGGUACUCGACCUUGACCGUGCUGCCUUUCGCUCGAUGGGUGACAAGGUCGCUGGACAGAGACUGCUCGAUAAGUUGACUGCUGUACCGAUGAGAGCCGACCUCUUCGGCAACGGUUCCGUUUACAAUCGAGAGCCAGUGCCGUUGCGGCCGUUCCGGUGCGUCUUCUUGGGCGAAGCCAAACCUCCCACAGGAUCCAUGAGGACACAGAUCGCACAUCUCAUCCAAGCUCUGAAGUACGCCGUCAUCGGGAGAGACAUGUUUGGGACGGUACACGUGUUGUUGAUAGUAGGAAUGGCGUUCAGGAGGAUCGUCUGCGAUCGAAACAACGACGACGUUUACGUGGAUAUUGGGACGAAGGCGGGCGGGGAAGUGAUCGAGGUGGAAGAGAUGUCGCUGAUCGAAUUGUUAUGGUACGGAUAUGUCCAAGCCGCUCCUCCGCAGAUGCCGACGGUGGCUUCUGUGGGCCUCGCCUCGACUAGUCAGGCGCCCGUGCCUGCGACCGCUGACGCUGCAAAGUCGAGGGGAAUCAGCCAGGUCAAAGCUCUUCCGAAGGCCAAGGCCAAGUCCAAGAUUAAACCCUAUUCGAGACCUCCUCCAAACAAGGCGAAAAAGACCCAGAACCCAUCCCCGCUUGCCGACAAGUUGUUCUAUCGCCUUUCCAAGCCGGAUCCUUCGUCGCCUAGACCUCGAUCCGAUACCGACGCCCGCCAUGCUCUCAUCUCCUUUCUCGACCACGCGGGUCAGACGCAUUUCGACAUCCUUGGAAAUGUCGACGAGACUCCGGAGAGUCCAUUGCGAGGUCUCACCGGCCGGUGGGCAAGGGUUCGGGACGUCAAGCUGGAGCAGCUCGGAUCGGCAGCGGUCACUAUCAAAGCGUGUUGGUCGGAUUUGCCGGUGGGCGACACGGAAACGACGAGCAGUCAGAAGCUGGGGGGUAGCUAUGCGAACGGCGAUGACGGUGGCGACGUUGGUAGCAACGACGACGACGACGACGACGACGACGACGAAGACGAUGAUCAUGGGCCCGAGGGAGAAGGUGAAGGUGGAAACAAUGGCGAAGAAGACGACCAUGAACCGAGGCGAACGCCUCGAUCGCCACCCGUCGAUGGCUUGCCAUCAAUCGGGACCAGUCCCGCUGAUCCGAACGAACGAUCUGGAAAUGAAGACGAGAAGCGAUACCAAUACCCGUCCACGGGCGACGACAUGUUCUGGGAUACUUUGGGAGUGAGCGCCUUCAAAAGGGAGCAAGAGGAGCGCGAUCGCGAGAGGCAGGAACGGCGCCGGGCUUGGCUGGAGCAGUACGAACCGUUCACGAGAGUCCGCUCGUGACGUUCCGGGAGGACCCCAUCCACAACAGCGCGCCAUCAUCUUGCGACAACAUGCACGACACUCGAUUCUCGAAUCCACUUUCCCUUGUCCUUUAUAUGACCCCCGAUCGACUCGUUUGAUUGUUUGUAACUCUUUUAUGGCGCGUGUCCGCUGUGAAGAUUUUAUGUGUCUUUCUCAUACAUCAGUCGCAGCGUUUGUCUUUGGCGCUACAAG